CUGAGUAGGUUUGAGGGCUACAAUUUUUAUUUUGAAGAGGUUACAUCCUGUGCAUGGCCUGAGGGAUUUCAAGCUGUGGGUUCUCAUUCUCAUGUGGUUUAUCCCAGUGGGACCAGCCUCUUCUCUCUUACAACCAUGUGAUCUGAGAACUUAUCACAGUGUGUGGUACUCACACACUACAAGCUUUAGAGGAAAGAGGAGGUGAGCUUUCUGAGAGAAGCAGGUCUCUUUUUGAUAUGGCUUCAGAAAUUACUUAUGCGGAAGUGAAGUUCAAGAAUGCAUCCAACUCCUCUGGCACCCACUCAGAUUCUUCUGCAGCUCCCAAAAAGAACCCCACCCAUCAUCAAAGUAAGCCUGGUUCCCCCUCGCUGCUUUUUACAUCACUGAUGGUAUUUUUUCUGCUGUUGGCAAUCUCAUUCCUAGUUGCUUUUAUCAUUUAUUUUCAAAAGUACUCUCAACUUCUUGAAGAAAAAAAAGCUAUAAAAAAUCUACCUCACAAAGGCUUGACCUGCAUAAAAGACAGUUCACCCAUGGAUGUCUGGAGCUGUUGUCCAAAGGAUUGGGAGCCAUUUGGUUCCCAGUGCUACUUCACUUUGAAGAACUCAAAUUGGAGUGAAAGUAAGAAUCGGUGCUCCCUCAUGGGGGCUCAUCUGCUGGUGAUCUACAGCCAGGAAGAACAGCUUGAGCCUCCUUCCUCAUUCCUUCCCAAUCCCACUCUCCCUCUUUCUUCUCCUCCCAUGUCCCUCCCCAAAUCCACUGAUAGGGGAGGUCCUGCUCCCCUUCCUUCUGAUCCUAACCUAUCAGGUCUCAUCAGGACUGGCUGCAUUGUCUUCCUCUGUGGACUGGUAAGGCUGAAAUUUGCAGGCAAAUGGUGGGAACUAGAAAAGAUCAUCCUGAGUGAGGUAUCCCAGAAGCGGAAAGACACACACGGUAUAUAGUCACUUAUAAGUGGAUAUUAGACAUAUAAUAUAGGAUAAACAUAUUAAAAUCCGUACACCUAAAGAAGCUAAGUGAGAAGGAAGCCCCUGGGUAAGAUGCUCAAUCCUCAUUAAGAAAGGCAAAUGGAAUGGAUAGCGGAAAAGGGAGAAAACAGGGAAUAUGCACAACUUUCAAGAAUAGUGUUGGUGAAGAAAAGAGGGGAGUGAGUCUGAGAUGAGAAUUCAUUAUUAUCAUGGUCAAAGACUGUUUGCAGUCUCAUGAAAAUAUGAGUGAUGACUUUAGCUGUGUCCUGAUCAGCCAGAGAAGACAUGCACUCCUGAGGGUGGUGGGGGCUCUUCUAUUCCUUGGUUCUUUCUUUGUCUUCUUAUCUCUACAUGACCAGAGGGGAAAAUCAGUCUAAAUAUCAAGUGUACCUCUAAAAUGUACAAUUACUGUAUAUUAAUGUAAAAUUUGAAAAAUAUUUAAGGGCCUUACAGAGAUGAACUAGGAUUUGAUUAUUAUGUAUUUGCAUAUUUGCAUCAUAUCAAACCCAAUAAUUUUGUAUCAUUAAAAUAAUAAAGGUCUUUUAAAAAAUUAUAUUGCAGAAAAAGAAGUGCUCAGUCCAGGCUGAAAGCUGAUUCUUUCUUU